AUGGAACUUGAUGAAAUAGAAGGCAACAAUGACUGGAAAGCUGCCGUGGAAUCGACGGACUAUGAUGCUACACUUGUGCAAGCCCGCUUGAAGCAAAUGACUGAAGCUCGGAUCAGUUGUGAUAUUGGGAAGAUGCUCUUCCUCGUCCGGACCUCUCUCACGCGUAAUCUUGGUGAUAUGGGAAAUCAACAGAUGUACAGGCAUUCCCACAUUGGCACCAAAGACCUGGUCGAGAAUUAUAUUACUGCUACCUUGGACACGUUGGAAGCUCUAUUAGAUGUUUCGGCAAAAGCAAAGUGUGAUGGACUGGAGUCGAGGUACAUUUUGGAGCAAUUACUGUCAAGUAGACAAGCUUUUGGCAGAAGCGCAUUGCUGCUUUCUGGAGGAGGCACUUUCGGCAUGAAUCAUAUUGGUGUCUUGAAAGCGCUUUGGGAAGUCCGCCUCCUGCCGCGGAUCAUUUCUGGUGCAUCAGCAGGCAGUAUUGUAUGCGCGGUAAUCUGUACACGGAGUGAUGAAGAGGUCCCCAAUCUGCUGGAUACAUUCUGCGACGGUAGCCUAGAUGUCUUCGAAGAGGAGGGAAGUGAAGAUGGCUUACUUCGAAAAGUAGCACGAUUUCUCAAGCACGGUGCUCUAUACGACAUCGAGCACCUGACUCGAAUCAUGAGAGAUCUGCUUGGAGAGAUCACCUUCCAAGAAGCAUAUAACCGUACAAGAAAGAUUCUGAAUAUUACAGUCUCGAGCGCCAGCCUGUACGAGCUGCCACGGCUGCUCAAUUACAUCACGGCCCCCAAUGUGCUGAUCUGGUCUGCUGUAGCUGCUUCUUGCUCUGUGCCAUUCGUGUACACCGCCGCCUCAUUGCUAGCUAAAGAUCCUAAGACCGGCGAAGCCGUGACGUGGAAUCCGACGCCUCAACAAUGGAUUGACGGUUCGGUCGACAAUGACAUACCCAUGACGCGCUUAGCCGAGAUGUUCAACGUGAAUCACUUCAUCGUGUCACAGGUAAACCCACAUGUGGUACCGUUCUUGAUGAAGGACGAAGGCCUUAUGAAGAAAAGUCCUCAAGAAGCAACCAUCAACCCAACCGUCACACCUUCAUGGCUUGAUAGUCUUUCACACUUGGCGAAAGACGAAGCUCUCCACCGGAUGCAUAUGCUUACGGAUCUUGGGAUUUUUCCUAAUCUAUUGACCAAGAUGGUCUCAGUACUCAGCCAAAAAUACUCUGGAGACAUUACUAUUCUUCCCGAGAUCUCUUACGCCGAUUUUCCACGCAUAUUGUCGAACCCAACCCCAGACUUUAUGCAGCAAGCUAUGCUAGCUGGCGAACGAGCUACCUGGCCAAAGAUCAGCAUCAUCAAGAAUCAUUGCGCCAUCGAACUUGCCUUGGAUGAUGCUGUACAGAAGCUUCGAACUCGAGUGGUGUUUAGCCCUGUUGAAGUCGAGUCUCGCAAGGGCGCUCACGUAAAGAGAAACUCAUUGACAGGCUCUCAUAGAACCAUUCGCAAACGUGCCAGUAAUGGCCGACCCCUUUCUCAGGCGAGCGCGCAGGAACCAUUACAAGGAAGGCCACCGUCUUCACAAUCAGAUCACAGACGCAGCCCACUUUCCAUUCUUGACCCUAGAAACCCUAAUCAGAUACCCAGACUACGUCACAAGAAAUCUCGCAGUCUCAACACCGUCCUUGCCCGCCCUACUUCAAGCCACACCAACCUGCAUAAAAGCCAGCUUCCAACGGCAGAUACGCCAGCUCAACCUCGAUCGUCACAAGAGAUCACCUCCUCCGGUGCUGAAGAGGAAACUUCCAAUCACCCGUCUCGCACAUCGUCCUCCACGUCCCUCAACCUCUCCUCACCCUACGAAUCCCAAUCCUCCAUGGGCGAAUCACCACCUUCAAGAUGGCACCGCUCACUAUUCGGCUCCUCCUCUCAACCUAACACCCCUCGCCCGUAUGCCCCCUCAAACAAAUCUAGCCCCACAACUCCAAAAGCUUCCUUGCCACCCACUCCUACCAUGACGUCCGCACAGGGCAGCAAGAAUGGGUCAGAAAGCAGAUACAAACGCAUGUUCCUUCCCAAACAGCAAAAGCAGAAACAGAAAGCAGCGGCGGAGGUGCCAAAGCCGAAAUCUGGCACGAACUCUCAUGGUGGCAGCGGCGGCGAGUCCGCCCAGUCGGGCAAUCCAGGCCCUAGGAGAAACUGGGGACUCGAGAUCGAUAUACCGAGUACGGCCAGAGGACUGGUGGGACGGGGAUCGAAGAGUAAAGAGAGGACGCGCAGUCCGUGA